AUGACGAGCUCGUAUCUGGAGGCGCUGCUCAUGCUGACCGGUAAUGAAGCGCUCGCCGAUGCGCGCAUGAGGCUCAUUGAUGGCCUGAACUGGGAAGAGCUGGAAAUCGUUGCCGUCGAAGGGAUAACCGGAUGUACCAACCGAAAGGUACGAGAGCGAUUGGUCUGCGCAAUGCUCAACAUUCUCAAAGAGAAUCCGAACGUCGAGCCGUUGACAGUUCCAAAGACUGAAACCAUGACGGCAACAACCACGUCGGUGGCCAAGCGAAAGCGCACCGUCUCCGAUUCGGAUAGCGAGCCGCAGCAAGCUGCUUGGAAGGCAAUCAAGAAUGAGCCGAUUCGUAAAUCAUCAUGCAACACCAUUGAUCUACGUGAAGACGAGGACAAGGCCGAGGACACGAGUGACACGGAUAGGAUGCAGAUGAUUUUACGACAAAACGGCGAUCAUCCACCAAUACUACCGAGGAUUAUCGACCUAGAAGAGCCUGUUAAAGAUGAGGAUGAAAGAAGUUCAGCAGCGCCACCAGUGAUGCUGUUCUCGAACCAAAAUUCUACGACGGAUUUGAACUUCAUCGAAUUUCCUAUCACAUUUCCCGCAGGCUCCCAGGUGGAGACGGUCGAGCGAUCCACGCAAAGUUCAUUGAAGACUACAUUCCGCAUUCGAAAACAGGUCAAAUGUAUCGGACAAUAG